UUGUAGAAGGAUGGAUGGGUAGAUGGAUGACUGGAUCAGUGGGUCGAUGCACGGGUGGACAGAUGAUGGGUGGAUGGGACCCCAGGAGGUCGCCUGAAGACUGAAGAGAGACCCCUGAAAUUCUUCCCACCACCUGUCUGCUAUUCUGUAGCACAGCCUCUGCCAGAACAGUUAAGGAGGGACUGGCGGCUGGGCGGUGGGAGAGGCGAGGUAGAGGGGAGCUGGGGAAGGAGAGCGGAGAGGAGGAGGGCCUUGGAGGCAGAGAGGAGGGGCGGCAGGUUCCCGGGGAGUCUGGCGCUGGCAUCGGCUCUGGCGGUUAGGGGACCGAUGUCGCUGCCGCCGCCUCCUCCUCGCGGGCCGGAGCUGCGUCGCCCGGGCUGAGCCGCAGCCGCAGCCGCAAGCCGAACGGCCGCUGGGCGCGCCCGCAACACGGGAGGAUGGGCUGCGGCGGGAGCCGAGCCGAUGCCAUCGAGCCCCGCUACUAUGAGAGCUGGACCCGGGAGACCGAGUCCACCUGGCUCACCUACACCGACUCGGACGCGCUGCCCAGCGCCGCAGCCACGGACAGCGGCCCCGAGGCGGGCGGCCUGCACGCGGGUGUGCUGGAAGACGGGCCGUCCUCUAACGGUGUGCUCCGACCUGCAGCCCCGGGUGGAAUAGCCAACCCAGAGAAGAAGAUGAACUGUGGGACCCAAUGUCCCAACUCACAGAGCCUCAGCUCAGGCCCUCUAACCCAGAAGCAGAAUGGCCUUUGGACCACAGAGGCUAAAAGGGAUGCCAAGCGAAUGUCUGCAAGAGAAGUCGCUAUCAGCGUCACAGAGAAUAUCCGGCAGAUGGACAGAAGUAAAAGGGUCACAAAGAACUGCAUCAAUUAGCAGUGUCUGGGUGUGGAAGCACAUGAACUUCUUUGUGGCGUCCAGUCAAAGAAUAUUGAAGAAGUGGGUGUCACUCACUGAACGUGGAUGCCUCUGAGUGACGCACGGCCACCCACGCGGUGACGACCAUCCCGGUUUCCUCUUUAUCACAUACAGAAAAUACAUCGAAAAGUCCUGAAAUAUGUUCACAGAUUGCCAAACUAUGGUUUGUUUUUCCCCUCUGCAGCUUCCAUAGCAGGGUCUGCUGUAGCCAUGGUGAAGCCCGUGGGCCUGUGAAUGAAUAUUGGAAUCCCCGGGGCAAGGAGCUCACGCUAGCGUAGAAAUUUCACAGUGCGUGGUUUCGGACAAGCUCCCUCUUUCCUCCUUUCUUUUUAAAUAUGGCCAUUGAUUUCACUUAAGAGCUGGCUCUCAGCCGACUCUAAACUCAAAAAUACAAGAAUCGGAGAAACAGAGA